AUGGCUAGCGUAUCAACAGCUUCCAAUGGGAGCAGACCCAGCACGUGGCAGGGCGCUGGGGCAGCUGAGUUUGACCUGAGAAGUGAUACAAUGACCAAGCCAACUCCGGCAAUGCUCGAGGCUAUCUGCCAGACCACACUUCUUGACGAUGUCUUCGGUGAAGACCCAGUGACAAAUGAUCUUGAAGCUUAUGUGGCAGAGCGUACUCAACAUGAAAGCGCUCUCUUGGUCAUGUCUGGCACAAUGGGCAACCAGGUUGCCAUCCGCACGCACCUGAAGGAACCGCCUUAUUCUGUCUUGUGCGAUCAUCGGUCUCAUAUCAUCUGUUACGAGGCUGGUGGAGUAAGCUCCCUCACGGGCGCUACGGUCAUGCCCGUCACCCCGAAGAAUGGUGUUCACCUUACUUUGGAGGAUAUAAAGAAACAUGCGGUACUCAGCGAUAACAUCCACUACUGUCCUACGAAGCUCAUCAGUCUUGAGAACACGUUGGAUGGGAUGGUUAUGCCACUUUCUGAGGCUCGGCGUAUCACUGAAUGGGCCCAUCAAAACAACAUCAAGGUCCAUCUGGAUGGUGCGAGACUUUGGGAAGCAGUGGUGUCCGGUGCCGGUAGUUUGCCUGACUACACUACUUUGUUCGAUAGCGUAAGCCUAUGUUUCUCGAAGGGCUUAGGUGCCCCCAUUGGAAGUAUUAUUGUUGGCUCGAACGAGUUCAUCAAGAAAGCUCGAUGGUUUCGCAAAUCCAUCGGUGGUGGUGUACGUCAAGCUGGAGUCAUCUCUGCGGCGGCCCGCGUCGCGGUUGAGGAGACAUUUGGACCAGACCCCAAUGGACAGCAAGGGAAGCUUCUAGGGUCUCAUCAGAGAGCAAAGAAGGUUGCCGAUAUGUGGACUAGCCGUGGAGGCAAGCUAUCUCACCCGGUACAGACCAACAUGGUGUGGUUGGACGUCGAGGGGUCGGGCUUGGGGCCUGAUGACCUGGCUGAGAUCGGACGUGAAAAGGGGUUGAAGCUUGGGGGUAGUCGCAUUGUCGUCCACUACCGUAAGUAUCCCUUUCCCAUGCGAACUACUCUCUCCUAA